AUGAACCGCCUGUCUGCAGAAACGGUGCGCAUUCUGUCCAGCUCUCAGGUGAUAACAUCAGUUACGAACGUAGUCAAAGAACUGAUCGAGAAUUCAUUGGAUGCUGGGUCUACAACUCUUGAGAUUAAACUGGAAAAUUACGGACUGGAUCGUAUUGAAGUAAGAGACAAUGGCUCGGGAAUAAAAACGGCUGACACUGCCGUGAUGGCAGUGAAACAUUACACCUCCAAAAUCUCCUGCCAUGAUGACCUUCAAUACGUAACGACGUACGGCUUCAGAGGAGAGGCCUUAGCUUCCAUAUGUGCUGUUUCAGAGGUAGUUGUCACAACUAAGACCGCUGAUGAUGACGUCAGCACUCAAUAUACACUUGAUGUCAAUGGGCAAAUUGUCUCCAAGAGGCCAUCACAUCUUGGCCAAGGUACCACUGUUUGCGCACAAAUGCUGUUCAAAAACCUUCCUGUGAGGAGACAGUAUUACAGCAACACUAAGAAGUGUAAGGAGGAGCUAAAGAAGGUGCAGGACCUGGUUAUGGCCUAUGGCAUCAUUAUUCCAGGCCUGAGAAUAGUCCUCACUCACAACAAGGCUGUUGUGUGGCAGAAGGCCAGGGUGUCGGAUCACCGCGCGGCUCUCAUGGCUGUGCUCGGAGCAUCCUGCGUGACCAACAUGCUUCCUCUCCAGCAUGGGCAGGAGCUCACACAGAUUUCCAUUGAUGGAUACUUCCCUAAACCCGGCUCAGAUUUCAGUUCUAUGAGCUGUAGUUCCCCUGAUAAGACGUUUGUCUUCGUGAAUAAACGACCCGUUCAGCACAGAGAGAUUUUGAAGCUGGUGAGGCAGUACUAUGCUAACGCAGCUCAGGCCAAAGAUGGUGGCUCUACUCGCCGUUUUCCCAUCUCAAUGAUGAACAUCACCGUACCCUCCACAGCCGUGGACGUGAACCUCACUCCCGACAAAACACAAGUCAUGCUGUUGAAUAAGGAUGACGUACUGUCAGAAGUGGAGAAAAUGUUGACUUCGUUGUAUGGGCCGAUCGGGGAUGACAACGUCACUUCUGGACCAGGUCCUUCUCUCUCUGGAGCUGAGCAGGAUCAGUGCAAGUCCACCGCUUUGGUUGAUGUCGCCCCAAAUGACAGUACGAAACAGUCCAAACCUCUACCUCAGCCUACGUCAGAUCACAGUGAACCAGCUCCACUUGGGAAACGAGUGGAUCCCACCGCAAUCCCCCUCGACCCAGUCGGCGAAACGUCCGCAAACCACAGCGCUAACAUCAGCUCCUCCUCUUCCUCCGAAGACUGGAUAAUCAGUCAAAGCUCGGCCAGCUCGGACAGCGGGGGCUCCUCGCUGUUUGCCGAAGGCAUUCUCUUGAACUCUACUGUCGACGAAGGUCAGGGCACGUCUAAGGACUCGGAGAAGCACCUGCGCUCAGACGGGGGGAGUGGGCUGACCGCGGAGAGUUGGAGCAUGGGUAAAGCUUUCGCCGAUCCCGCCACAGGUAAUCGCUUGGAACCCGUGAGGCUCCAUCUGCCCGGCGCUCCCAAAGGCAGCGGACCAAUAAAACACAAGGAUAAGAGCGGCUGCCAAUCCAAGAAGCCCUCCAAUAUCUUUGUUGAGAAAAUGCCCCAGCUGACCAUCUACGACCUCAUUAACAACCGCCCAGUGCGUCGCCCCCAGUCUGCCAUGGCCCUGUUUGAGGAGGACGACAGGUGGGUUUUCUUUGAGGAGAACCCGGGAGCGAGUAUCAAUGAUUUCAAGGCCGCUGUGAAAGAGAGAUGGGAAAGCCUGAGGGAGGAAGACAGAAAGAAGUACGAGGAGAAAGCCGAACAAUCCUCCCAUAAGUACGACCUCCAGACGAAGCGAGCGCUGGAGGGAGAGACCCGGGCGUGCGACGGCAGGACACAGCCCGACGUGGAAUCGGCGGCGAAGAGCUCCCAGAGCCUUAAACGGAAGGCCCCCGAGCGUGACCAGGAGAUGCCGGGCAAGGCCCCGAAGAAGAAUUCGGCGAAACCCUCGUCGCCCCUCCCGUUCAGCGUCGCCGCCCUCAAACACAGGCUUAACCUCCUCUCGCAGCGGCGUGGCCCGGGCCCGCAGGGCCUCAGGCUUGUAAACCGUUUGACUUCUCACAGCGCCUGGGUCGUUUUAUGUGGCAGAAAGCUCAUGUUGUUAAAUCCAUUUCGGGUGGAGGAGGCCUUGCUGUUUAAAAGACUUCAGGAGAAUAAUAUACUUCCAGCAGUGAGCCUACAGAUCCCUAUACAGUUAACAGAUGGUGAUCUUGGAGGUUCAGAGUACAUGGAUGUCCUGUUAAACAUGCAGAAGGCCAGCCCAGGUCUGAAUGGUGAAAUCCAGUUUACUGAUUCUAGGCUUGUUGCAAAUGGAUUUCACAUCAGGCUCCUUCCAGGCUGCUCCUCCUCGGAGAGGCAUGUGGAAAUCACAGCCAUGGCAGACUGUUUGCCGUUCUUCGGCGUUCCGGACCUGAGGGAGAUUCUGACGGCUGUCAGGAACAGGGACGCCAGCUCUGUCGCACAGUGCAGACCUCUCAAAGUCGUUCAUUACCUGGAGGGAGAAGCAGUGAGGUUAGCGAGACAGCUGCCUCUGAACCUGUCUAAGGAAGACGUGACCAACACUCUCUCCCGGAUGAAACAGGAGCUGGAGGAUGGAAACCGCUCCUGCUUUCACGGACGUCCGUUUUUCCAUGAAUUAAUCGAGAUUCCUGAUUUUGACUAG